AAUGUCUGCUAAAUUUCUCUUUCCAAAUAACUUGAAAUCUUUUUAGUUUGUGUUGUUCGUUGUGUAAAACAAAAUUUCAACAGUACCUAUUUGUACUGUAUUGCACUUACCUAAGAUAAUAAUGGUACAUUGAUUCCAAAUGUUAAAAUUGUUUUCCAAAAUUUAAAAUCAUCUGUAAAUCUAAUUUAUUAUAUAUCUGAUUAAUUAUAUUGUAUUGAAUACCUGUGAAAGUGGUUGGCACUGUUGGUAUCUUAUUAUUCAGAUAAGUUAAAAGACAUGAGCCUUCUACUCCUCUCUUGUAAGCGUGACCACUCGAGCCUACCGCGCUAAAUAUAUAUUAUUUUCCGGUGGCUUGGAACCCACCUAAAUCUAUAGGCUCUGUCAUUCAUCGUACUUUUCUUUACCCAGAACAAGCCUGGAGCUUAUGUGGGCAUCACUUUUGACAAAAAAUAAUGAUAUAUUCUUGAAAUUUUUCCUUCUUGAAUAAUCUUACCUCUUUUUAUUUGAGUGGGGAUAAUGUACAUGAAACCAUUCAUAGUUUGCAAUAAGUUCAUCACAUUCGUUUCUGCUGAAAAACGAAACACAAGCACAAGUGGGUGUUUUAUUGUCCACACCAAAUUAUAAUUCUAUAUAACUUACUGCAUGAAAUGCAAAAAAUUACAAAUUAAUCAUUCACCAUCCUAAUUAUCAUCAUCAUCUUCAUUCUUCUUGGUAUGACUCUCAAGCUAGGUUUCUUCUCAAUUACUUAUUUCUCCAUUGAAACAUCCCCAAAGAUCUAUGUCAGAUUAAGUCUUCUCAUCUUCCACUCGAUAACUCUACUGAAAUAAAUUCAAUUAAUUUCAGUUCUAGUCAAGUUCUUUUUUCAUCUGGUUGGAUUUGAAAAUAUCUCACAAGUUUCCAUCUCUUCAUUAUCAUUGCAAUUCUUAUCACAAGCUGAAACACGAGUUUUGUCACUAUACACUUGAUUGACGCUUCUCAACCGUGUCUUCUCUACCUGCAUCUCUGUUUCCAUUUCCUCCGUCUUGCAUUCAUGCAUCUAAAGGAACUCUAUUCACCGGCUUGCCGUUUGCUAAGACUGUCUUCUGUCCUCCUUUCAAAUCUGUACUGCUUUGACAGUGUGUGAGUGCGUGUGUGAGUGUGAGUGUUUUGUACCAGGCUGCAUACUUAAGUCAUAAAUGCUGAUUCCUUUGGUGAACGCUCCUCAACCAUUUGAUCACUGCGCAUUGAGCACUGCGCAGACAGCUACAGCAUAAAUGAUUUUACUUGCGGCUGCCACGUUGAGCGAUGCUGAGUGCCAGACAAGGUCAAUCUACUGCUAUGAGUGUGACAGCUGGAAAGAUGCCCGCUGUAGAGACCCCUUCAACUACACAGCACUUCCCAGGGAUCAACCACCACUCAUGACAUGUAAUGGAUGCUGCGUUAAAAUGGUCCGCAACUCUAGAUCUCCCUAUGAAAGUGUUAGACGAACAUGCACGUCGCAGCUGCAAAUAAAUUUGUUCAUGGUGGACCACGUGUGCAUGAUGGAAAGUUCCGGAACGGGGCACAUGUGUUUCUGCGAGGAGGAUAUGUGCAAUGGUCUCCCUUCCCUAUACCUGCCAUCUACAACCAUAUUGUUCCUUACCUUAGUACUGUGCAUGGUGUUGAGAUAGGAACGCUUUGAUUCCUAAUCAGCAUGUGACAACCAAGGCUGGAUCUGGCGGCAUGCUUCUUUUUAUCAGUUGAUGCUUCCAUUAACAACUCUGUAGUUUUCACUAGGCGAUAGGUGGCCUUUUAGACAUGGACAGCCUAAACACCAACGAUCAUGAUAAUUCCAAAGCAAUAUUGAAUUUCUAAAUACUAGUUAAAUAACAUCUAUACGUUGUACAAUCUUGAUGUUUUUGAAAAAUAAGUUAUUCUAAAUAUUCGUGAAACAUAUCAAGUUCCGAAAUUGAUUUUCCUAGAUCGUAGUUAUUUAAGAGAAGACCACAGCUUCCUCGCAUUACACACAUUUGAAAAAUAAUGUGCACAGUAUUUUCCAAUUAAAACACUGCAUUGCCUUUAUAGCUGUGAAGAUAAUUUCGCGGUAACAAUUACGUUUAUAUAUCUUAGCCUCAGGUAAGGUGUUCUACCAAAGGCUGUGGUUUUGGAUAGAUAAUUUUUAUAGUUGUCUAGUUUGAUAGCUCCCGUUGAUAAUAAAUUAAGGAUUAAAUUGAUAAUCAUCGCCCUUACCUUCAGUUGCUGCUACACACCAUCAAUAAAAUCACUUCCCAGAGUAAAUCUCUGGGACAUAAAAAUUGAUUUGCAAGUAAGUGUACUUAAUUACCAGUACCGUAGCAGACAACUUUUUAAUUAUUUUGGAAAUUUCGAUCCUUCAUUUUAUAACUCAUCACCUUAUUUAUUGAUCAAUCAUCAAAGUUGAAUUAGUAUGUCCAUCGUGAGAGUCUACUAGGUAGAAUCAAUAAGGAGCCUUGGAACAAUUAUACUCGUUCGAAUAGUACGCUUUUUAGUAAUUAAAUUGAAUGUUUAACAAUUUAAAUGAAUUUAGGAUAUUUUUAGAAAUAAAAGAACUCAUACUGAAUCACCAAUUUAGGAUUAUAAAGUAGAGCAUUAUAUAAAUGCGAAGUAAGCCAUUGAAUAAAAUUUAUUAAAAAAUUUAUAAAAAAUAUAUUACAGAUUAAUAUCUCAAACUUUUUUGUGCUUCAAUUUUACAAUAUUCUCAAUACAGUAAUUGAAAAUCCCCCUUUAUAAAUUCCUAGAAUUAUUUAUUAUUCUAUUUUAAUUUUCGGGGAAGUUAGUCUGAAACUAAUUAUUUCACAUCAAAUUUGAUGAAGCAAAUUGAUACCAUCCAAUAACUUCUCAAUCCCCAAAACCAUCAAUGAGACAUAAUACUCUCGUAAGGCAGGCAUCAUUGGAUUAUAUUGUACCAUGAAUAGUUUCAAUGCUCCAAAAUUUGUAAAUUUAUUAAAGAUCUAAUGAAACACCAUUAGUAGUUACGAUUUAAUUGUAUGCGCAUGCCGAUAUACUUAGAAUGAUGUACUGAAGAAUGUAUUACAUAUUUUUUCUUAGACUUCUUCAUAUACUGUUGUUAUUAUUAUUAGGAAUAAUAUGAGCAUGCCGUCUGAGCCAAUGACGUAGAAGCAUUGAUUUUACGAUACGCUACAUGAAUUGGAUUAACAUUCAUGUUAUAUAAUAUGUAAAUUUUAUCGAAUAAUGCGCAUCCUGAAUAAAUAAAAACUAUCACCAAAUAGGGUUAAGAAAGUGUGAUGUUUGAUCGUGUGCAUGCGCUUGUGUGAGAGGAUUGAGUGUAUGAGUGAGCGAUGAGUUAAGAUUGAAACUUUUUCUUCAUUACCGUAUUGAAAUUUGUGACUUGAUAAUCCACCCCAUCAUUACUCGUCAUGAGAAGAGAGAAGAGUAAUAUUGAAAAGGAAUGGGAGAGAUAAGGUGCAAGUGAAGUUGCUAAUAAUUUUUACAUUAAAUAUUUCAAUUAAAAAAAUUCAGAGUGAAGAAAUGAACAUUUUUUCAGUAAAAUACGUAACUAUUGUCCUAGUCGAACGAUUCGUCCCUCAUUAGAAGGAAUAAUCUACAAAAAUUAUCAAUUAUUUAUUGAAUCUAAUAUGAAACGUCAAUUCAUUUUUUCUCAAUUUUCUACUUAAUAUACAAUAUCGUAUCACAUAGGAUUUAAACCUCAAUCAAAUAUCGCCUUGAAUUAUACCAAUACUAAGACCUUCUAUGUUUAAAACUCAAGUAUUUUCCUCACUUACUACCAAUUAUUACUCCUCUUGAGAUAAUCUCAAUCUGAUACUCAUAAUAAAUAUUCUUAAUUAUUAUUCUAUAGAUGAAAGUAGUUUAAAAUAGCCGCUCCAAUCUCAACAUGAACAUUAUUAGACCUUCUAUCAAACUCACCUUGCAAAAUUGAUUCUUAUAUCUCCAGUUAGGUACUUCUCAUUAUGUUUAUAUUAAUAUUGUAUGUUCAGCUGAAGUAACUUCCUUCAUUGAUAACAAUCGUUUUGAUAGAACAUAACUGUACAAUCCGUGGGUGUAAAACGCGAACUCGUCUAUUUUGAUGAGAUCAUUAGAAAUCCAAAUAAAUUUUUCACUGCUCCCAGAUAGAAUCAUUUUCUACGGAAAAUAAUAAAUGCUUAUACAAUGCUGCUUCUUGUCUAAUAACAACCCGACUUUACGAGCCUUUUAGUUUCUACGUCCUUCUGAAUGUCUGUGGUUGUGGGAGUUUUAUCGAGUAUGAACUACCAAUAUAUAUUCUCCUUUGUACUAAUACUCAGGAGAAGAAAUGCUUUCGAUAAAUUAUUAAUUCUUUUUAUAGAACGAAAUAUUCAUAUUAGAACGUGAUAUUUACAAUUAUUUAUCUUAGCAUGUUCUAUUUCUAGGAAUGCUAUUAAAAGUGUUACUAUAAUUACAAGAUUUGCAUGGAAAUUGGAAUGAAUAAUUGAAUGGAAUGUAAACUCAUGAAUUAUUGUUUAAACGGCUUAACUGGGGUAGUGUCAUCAUUAUUAUGUUCAAUUGUAAUCUACAAUGGUUGUUAUCUCCAGACAUAUCAUGAUAGUAACAGAAGCUGUACAUUGGAGCUCAAACAUUAGAUCUCAUCGCUUCAUAAUUGGCAUGGGUAUUAUAUUAUUUCAUUUUCAUUUUUUUGUACCCAAUAAUUUAAAAAAGCAGGCAACUAUUUACCGGAAAAAAUGAUAUGUGAUCGAAAAACCCACUUAAAACUUUGUUAGGGUGAAAAUAUUCUAAACUAAUGAGUAAAAUAUCAAUUUUUGUAUUCUCACCUCUUCAUUCAUACAAGAUGAUGGAAGAAAGUUUUUUUACGGUAUUUAAUUGCUAACGUACAUAAAAUGCUUCCAUAUGAUUACAAUGAUAUGUUCCACAAAUCACUCCUAUAGGAUCAUUGACACACCCUCUCUUAGACGAUAACAUUGUAUGAAACAUGAAUUGUCCCCACGUCUAUGAAUAAUAAAUUGAAGUUCAUAUAUAGUUAAAGUGCAUUCAAAGCAAUAAAGUAGGUUUGGCCAAUGGUAUUUUUUUAAGUGAAUAAGUAGGCUACGGUUUUUAUGGUACUAUCGGAUAUUUACAAAAAAAAAACUUUAGUAACCCUUAGUUGGGCUACACUGCAACAUACGGUACUGUAAAAUGGCAAAAUAUGCCAUAAAUGAUGAUCAAUUCAUACCUAGGUCAGCCUAAUAGUUAACACCAACAAUGAUUGUCUUUCAAGUUAGGUGGAGCUGUAAGCUUUUUUCAUGGAAGAGAUUGAAGUUGAGUGAAGUUGCUAACAAGAAAUUCAGAAAUUUUAGAAAAGUAAAUAGCAGCUUUGGUUGAAGUCAAGCUUGAUGUCCAAGAAAAAAUCUAAUUUAUCGGCAAUUUAUCGAAGAUUUUUUUAGAAAAUAUCCUGUUCUAUAACGUUUAUAUUUUUACAUAAAUAACAAGUUCAAUAAAAAAGUAGAUCAACGGUAGUCGUUCUAAUCAGACGUUCAAAUCUAAAAAAUUUGCUUGAUAUUUAUUUCACGUGUCAUAAUAUUUGAAGGAGAACAUGUAACACGUAUACAAGAGAGAAAUCUGUACAUAAUUAAUUGCAGACAACAAAAAAUUGGGUACCUGACAAUAAAGUAACUAUAAGAAUUGCUAUUUAUUUCCAUAGAAGAUUCGGUGCAAAUUAUAUAAUUUAUAAAGGUCCCAGUAGUUUUCCAUGUGACUAAGCGUUCGAUUUAGAGUAUACAUUCGAGAAAUAAGCCAAUAGCAUAGUAUGAAUAAGAUUGCAAUAUAUAUAUAAAAAUAAAUCACUUGAGCUGCUAAUAUUAUUCCGCUCUCGUACACUGUUAAAAAAUGCGCAUAGAUCCGAACAGCGGAAACAUGAUAUUAUGCUUCCAUUUCAUCAAUUACUGUAGAUAUCAUGAUAUAAUAUAAAUUGUUAAUCGUGACUUUCAAUCUAUUCCAUUACAUUUGUAUUGGAAUGAACACUAUCAAUCGCUCCUCAAUCUUGGUAAAAUAUUAUAAUGAUUCAAAUUGGAACAGACUGAUUUUCAUUAACAAAAUUGAUAAGAACCAAUAAUUCUUUAAGUGUUUUUAUGUAAGAAUAAAGUGAGUUCUUUGUCUAUUGAAUAAGCAGACAUUUAUAGUGAGUAGCUGAUCUUAUCUGCAAUAAUUUUUGUGUAACAUCAAUCAGCUCGAAUAUUAACUCGAAAUGCUUGCUUGUACUUACUGGAAGCCAAUAAAAAUCCAUUUAUAACUAGUUAAAUAUUAUGGAAGGGAAUAUCGAAUUUCUUUUGUUAUGUGAUUAAUAAGAUGAAUAAUAGUUGAGAACCUCAAAAAAUUCGAGAAUUAUUGGUCAUAAAUAAGCUUGAGAUGUAUGGUAACGUGACAAAUGCGCGCAAAUUAAAUUUUGUGACAUUAUGGGCACAACUUUGAAUCAAGGCUAUAGAAAGGGACAUAAACCUGAGCUACCAUUCAGGUAGCAGGACGAACCGGAAGUAAAUUCAUAAUACUCAUUAUAUUAGUCGGAUUAUGCCAUUUUUUCUCAUAUAUUCAGAUUAACUCAUUUUUAAGAAUAUCAUUAGCUUAUUUUCAUUAUAAUUUUGAAAAUUCGGAAAAUAAAUUCUCGGCUCAUUCACUAUUUAUUUUAGAGAUCCUGUUAGGAACUACAAAAUUCUUUCACAAUAAACUUAUUACAAUGUAAUUUAGCAUAGUGCAACUACUUUGGUUUAACAAAUGGAUCAUACAAGAUAAAACUUGAGUUUCUCCAUUAAAGGGCUUUUUGAGGUUUGUUUUCACAAUACAAAUACAGUACUAUUCUUGUAUAAUAUUCAGACUCAAUAGGAUAUUUCCAAGUAAGUAAUUAAUGUAAACUUUACUUCAACAAACAAUAUAAAAUACAAAUAGGGAAUAGAGGAAAUACUUAUAUGAAACAUAAUGAUUUUAUAAAUUCUAUAUGAUUCAUAAAAAGUUUUCAUACAUUAUGAACCGUUAUUGUAACACAAUAAAAUAAAUUAUCAUGAUAGAUUACUCAUUCCAAAAUAUUGUGUUAUUAGAUUAGCUAGUUGCUACUGGACUGAAAGGAUAUUUCUGAAAGAGUGCAAUAAUAAAUUGACAAUAAUUGAAUACAUUUAGUGAAUACAAUUUAGAUUGUAUUCUGACCCUCUGGAAAAACUCAUGCGCAUCUUACUUCUGGUCUGAUACCUGAGUAAUAAUUCAGGUAGUAGAUAGGCCUACCUUUCUCCAGCCCUCUGUAGAUAGUUGUGCCCAUAUGUCGUUGUGCGUAUUGUCACGACACCGGCAUGGGGCAUGUAUAGCCAACGAUUCUCUAUUUCUCCAUAUUUGAUCUUUGAUAAUAAAUAUUUUAAAAUUUCAAUGAAGAUGUUAUCGCAAUAAUUAGUAGCCUAUAUCCUUUGAACUUGGCUUUAGGCUUUGGGUAAUCUCUAUGGGUUUAUUCAGUAAGGAUACUUAUUAUAUGCAGAGCCCAACGAAAAGAUACAGAUAAUAUGAUACUCAUUCAAAAUUGACCAUUGUAAUUGAUAUUGGAGGGGUGUGGGAAAUCUCAUUUGGAUAAGGUUCUCAUAAAAACCGCGAAGGGAAAGUUUGGAAGACAAGAAUUAUAACUGGAAACAAUUUUUAUUGGCAUUCAUUAAAAGCGCUGAGGAAACUUAUUUGCCUCAAUUUUCUAGAUCUGUGGUAUAAUAAUUCAUAACAUGUUUUACACAGUAACACCAACGCAUUUCACCCAUAACACAUUACACAGUUACGGAAAUGAAUUACCGGUAAUGCAUAUUCAUUGUGAAUAAAAUGCAUGGUUUUUGCUACAUCUAGAAUAUGCACGCCUACUUGUACGGUAAUGGCAUGUUUACAAACUAUCAACGAUAAAGUCUCAUCAUGAUUUUAUCGCCAUGUAUGAUAAGCCAUGAGAAGGAAUAACAUAUUUUGAAGGGAUAACAUUCUUGACAAGAAAUGUAUCAGUAAGGAAUUUUAAUUAAUAUGUCAAACACAUUCAAUUGAUGCUAAUGAAUACCGACUGACUGCAUUGUCAAUUAGUUAAUGUAGAUUUUCCAAUGCUGAACUGCUGGAUAUAUAUUUUGAAAUUCAAUUUUACUGGUUUUCUCAAUAUAUUAUUGAUAUUAUACAAUAGUAGGGCAAAAAUAUUGUAACUGGAUUAUCAAGAAAUCUAUAUUCUACAAAAUAUUUAUAUCCUUCAUCACGGUUCUCUCAUCAACAAAAUCAUUCUAUGUAGAUUUUAGAAUCAUACACUACACGAUCACGAUUAAUUCUGAUUCAAAUGCAUCAAUUAGUUAAUCGUUUGAUUACAAAAUUUUCCAUAUGGAAUACUAUAAUUCAUUACUUUUUUGCGAAUUGUAUAAUCACCAAUUACAGAGUAUUUAUUGAUAAUCACAAAUUUAUUUGAUCAGAAUCAAUUUAGAAGUGCAUGUUCGAAACUAAUAAGUAGAACAUAGAUCAUACAAAUAAAAAUGCAUUGACUUUUCGAUAAUCAGUUACGAAAUUUUAAAAUGAAUUGUAUUUGAGUAGUUUUUGUUUAGAGUAAUGAAGAAAGAAUAAAUUGAAAAUUAAUAGAUUGGUAAAAUCACCAUACUUUGAUGCUCAAAAUUCACAGAAUGCUUCUCAAAAGAUAGAAUUAGUAAAAUCCCUUAUUUGGCAACACUGAAUUACUCUGCGAUUUAAAAAAGUUUAAUUAAUUUUAAUUUAAACUUUCUUCGUUUAUAUUGAUAAAAAUGGUAAAUGAAUUAAUGAAAGGUCAAUUCUCACUUGUAUUCUCUUUAGAAAACAAAGCUGUAAUUAUUCAUCCAGGUAUUUAUCUCCCAACAGUGCACAUGCCAAUUUAACAAUAAUUCAUAUUGUCAUGAAUGAGUUGACAUUGAAAUUCUAAUUAUUUCAAGAGUAUUAUAUAAAAUACUUCGGUACAAACAAUACAGUAGUACCAAAGAAAUAUUUUUUUAUUCUGAGAUAAUAAAUAAAUAAUAUUUUACAACAUGACAUUUUCAUCUUGAUAGAAAAUUCAAAUUUUUGGCAGCAAUAGCUGAAUAUUGUUUCCUAUAUCAAAUGAAUAGAACACAUCUGUUGUUUGGAUAAUUAUUCCAAGAAGGUACCUGUAGAAAAACCUGUAUGAGACAAUGGCAUAUUCAUAAUGUUUAUUUGUGGCUCAAUUCAAUUUUUAUGAAUUCAAUGAGUGGCUCAAUUUCGAUUUGGUUUGAGAAGCAUUCUGAAAUCGAAGUAUGAUAUUCAAAACAUGCAGGUUAUCCAAUAUUAACCCUAUUUAAAUAAUUUCGAGUAUAAAUGCAUGAGAAUCUGUUGCAUUAAGUGCGGUAGUAUGAUGAUCGUAGACAAGAAUGAUUUUGUUUUUCAUUUCAAAACUUUCUGUUAUAACUUCCUCACCCUCCCUCCAGAAACAAUGAUGAUGCACUGCAAAAACCCACGUAGUCCUCUUCUGCUAUGCUGCUGAUCAGCCCCUUCAGAAGGUUUUUGGCAGAUUGCAGACAGCAGAAGAGGAGUUCACCUGUGGCCCGUAACUGAGAACUCAGUAUUACCCUGGGCAGAGCUUUCAUCAUAGCACAUGGAUUUACCAUCACUUUUCAAUUAUCACCGUGUUCACUCUGAAUGAAGAAGAUUAUUCGCUCUCACUCGAUAUGUCAGCUAUCACAACAAAUCAAUCUUUGUGAACUGCACCCUGCAGUUUUUGCUCUAAAACAAUAAUAAAUACUAUGAUAACAGGUUGAAAAAUCUUGAAUCUCGAUUGUCAAUCUUCCCAAUUUACAAGUGAAGUAUUAAUGAUAACUUUUGAAUACUGUAUUCAAUUAUUGAGUCAUAAAAAUUUUUUUUGAAAUAUUGUAUUAUAGUUAGUAAGUAUGUGAUAUUGUAAAUAUAGUUUAACACCAUGAGCAAGCAGAAUUGUUCCAUGUUAAAAAUAAUUAAAGAAAUUUAUCAGUUGUAAGAUCGCUUGUUUCUUCUCGAAAAUUAUUAAUUUUGUUAAAAUGAAGCGUGAUUAAAACACAAUUCAAGAACUAAA